GAAACGGUUUGAAGCUGAAAAAACUCGCACAGGAAGCAGUGCUCGGUGUUCGGUUGUGAUCGCCAGCUUUACCGAAAGCUGAACCGCAAUACAAGUUUAGUAAUACCACCAAGACUAUAUAUUUUUGCUUGGACUUGGAUUUAAAGUUGUGACUUGAGUGGAUCGGCUUGUUGGUAAACGCACAGCUAUGUGCAGCUGUGUGCGGGGCUCCAGGGCUCUGGUCCCUGCCAUGCUCCCCAGGCUGCUACUGCCGCAGACAGGCCACAGACUCACUGGCAGGGCGCUAUGGACUUCUCCCUCCUGGAAGGCUGGCACUGCAGACUCCCACCUGCCCCCUCUGCCUGGACAGGCCCGUGUAGUGAUCUGUGGUGGAGGCAUUGUGGGGACAUCAGUGGCAUAUCAUCUGGCCCGCUUGGGUUGGACUGAGAUAGUACUGCUGGAGCAGGGCAGACUCGGUGCUGGAACAACAAGACUAAGUGCUGGCAUAGUUAGUGUUGCUAAACCUAUUUCCAUAGAGUGUCAAAUGGCAAACUAUUCCAAUACUCUGUACCGGCAGCUUGAAGAAGAAACAGGAGUCAAAACAGGGUAUGUGAAGACUGGCUCACUGUGCCUUGCUCAAAAUCAAGAUCGAUUCAUCUCUCUAAAGCGACUGGCUUCCAGACUCCGAGUAAUGGGCAUCAACUGUAACAUAAUCAAGCCAAAGGAUGUAGCUAAACUCCAUCCACUUGUUAACAUUCAUGACUUGGUGGGUGCUCUCCAUCUUCCUGAGGAUGCAGUGGUUUCUUCACCUGAUGUUAAUCACGCACUUGCAGUGGCAGCAGCUGGACAUGGUGUCCAAAUUCUGGAAAGAACCACAGUCCAGCAAGUUUUGGUGGAGAAGGGACAAGUAAUGGCUGUGGAGACAGAUCGGGGCUCCAUUGAGUGCGAAUUUUUUGUCAACUGUGCGGGGCAGUGGGCUUAUGAGCUCGGCCAAGCAAGUGAAAUGAAAGUGUCUGUUCCUCUUCAUGGAUGUGAACACUUCUAUCUUCUCACCAAACCACUCGAAGAUCCAGUUCAGCCUAAUACUCCAGUGAUUGUUGAUAUGGAUGGAAGAAUUUAUGCACGGCCCUGGCAGGGGGGAAUUCUUUCGGGGGGAUUUGAGAAGAAUCCAAAACCCAUUUUUACUGAGGGUCGUAAUCAGCUGGAGAUCCAGAAUAUGCAGGAGGAUUGGGACCACUUUGAGCCCAUGCUGAGUGCACUGCUAAGAAGAAUGCCUAAUCUGGAGUCUGCAGAAAUUCAACAGUUGAUCAACUGUCCAGAAUCCUUUACCCCUGACAUGCGCUGCCUGAUGGGGGAAACACCAGGUGUUUCUGGUUACUAUGUGCUGGCUGGAAUGAACUCCUCUGGCCUGGCUUUUGCUGGAGGAGCCGGAAAGUAUCUGGCAGAAUGGAUGAGUUAUGGCUACCCGACAGCUAAUGUCUGGCCACUUGACAUCAAGCGGUUUGGCAACCUGCAAAGUAGCCGAACCUUCCUGCGACACAGAGUAAUGGAAGUCAUGCCUCUGUUGUAUGAGCUAAAGGUCCCACGGUGGGACUUUCAAACUGGUCGUCAGCUGAGGACUAGCCCCCUGUAUGAUCGUCUGGAUACGCAGGGAGCACGCUGGAUGGAGAAACAUGGCUUUGAGAGACCCAAAUAUUUUGUUCCCCCGGGAAAAGAUUUGCUCUCACUGGACCAAAGUAAAACCUUCUAUAAACCAGACUGGUUUGACAUUGUUGGAGCUGAAGUGAAGUGCUGUAAAGAGGCUGUCUGUGUCAUUGACAUGUCCUCUUUCACCAAAUUUGAACUGACUUCAGCCGGUGACCAGGCCCUCACGUUGCUGCAACAUCUUUGUGCAAAUGACCUUGAUGUUCCAGUUGGACAUAUUGUACACACUGGGAUGCUAAACGAGAGAGGAGGAUAUGAGAAUGACUGCAGUGUGGUUCGACUGAGCAAGAACAGCUUCUUUAUAAUCUCUCCAACAGACCAACAAGUACACUGUUGGUCUUGGAUUAAAAAACACAUGCCUAAUGACCCACAUCUGCAUCUAGAAGAUGUCAGCUGGAAAUACACAGCUCUAAAUCUGAUUGGGCCACGUGCAAUGGAUGUUCUAGCAGAGUUGUCAUAUGUUUCAAUGACACCUGACCACUUCCCUUCCAUGUUUUGUAAGGAAAUGAGUGUUGGAUAUGCCAAUGGCAUCAGAGUGAUGAGCAUGACUCACACAGGAGAACCAGGCUUUAUGCUCUACAUUCCUAUUGAGUAUGCCCUCCAUGUGUACAACGAAGUGAUGUCUGUGGGACAGAAAUAUGGGAUUCGUAAUGCUGGGUACUAUGCAUUGCGUAGCUUGAGAAUUGAAAAAUUCUUUGCCUUCUGGGGUCAAGACCUGGAUGCCUUCACUACCCCACUGCAGUGCGGACGAGAGUUCAGAGUAAAGUUUGAUAAGGACACAGAUUUCCUCGGUCGUGAAGCUUUACUGAUUCAGCGCCAGGAAGGUGUGACUCGGAGGUUUGUUAUGUUAGUUCUUGACGACCACGACACAGAGUUGGACCUGUGGCCAUGGUGGGGUGAGCCCAUCUACCGUAAUGGUCAGCUGGCAGGAACAACCACCAGCAGUGCAUACAGCUACACCCUUGAGCGCCAUGUCUGUCUGGGCUUUGUAUCCCCACCUCUAGGCCCAGAGGGGCUUCCAACACCAAUCACUCCAGACUUCAUCAACAGAGGGGACUAUGAAGUGGACAUUGCAGGCCAGCGUUACCCAGCUAAAGCCAAACUUUAUCCCUUCAGUUCCCUGUUCACUCAACAAAAACGCCGCAAAGACGACCUGGAGCUCAGCAACCUUCAGGGGAAGUAAUAAUAUAA